AAGUCAUAAAUAGGAUACUUUUCAAAUUAUCCCUUUAUUUUUCCAUAAAGUGCAAGAAAUCUUUUGUAUUAAUGAGAAUUCAUUCUCUAAAGUCAUAAUUAUUUUUUUGUAACAUAAAAAAUAAUCCAUGCACUUUAAAUCACAAAAACUUACAUAAAGAAGAAAGAUAUUUGUUGACUUGUUCAACAAUAAAUUUGAAAAUGAUUUUUGGUAAAAAGAAUUAUUAAUCUUUUAGACUCCAAGCCCAUUUUCAAAUCCCAAAACUCUAGUCUGGUCCAUAUAUCUCCUUUUUCACUUUAUAUUCCAAUGGGAUAUUUUAUAAAUGUUUCAUUUUAAAUUUUACAUCCAAUCCACUUUGGAUCUUCAUUUCUUAUUCACAACCACUCUAAUUUUGACAUGUGAUUACACUAUUUCAUAGUGAUAGUGCUUUACGAACGUCCCGCAUGGAAACAUACCGGCAAAUGGUCUAAAACCAUUUCGUCAAAAACGAGUUCUAACAAUCCUCCACAUGAAUAGAACUCAAUCUAGACACAUGACAACUCGAUAGACUUGACAUACUUGAUUUCCUAGACAAAACUCAGAAGAAUUUUUGAGAGUACAAGAAAAAAAUCCACUGUAUGAAAAGUUUGUAGCAUUUUUCCAGCUUUGAACCAAUCAUUGUUAAUAGUUAUUAGACUUACUUGAAAAGGUGGUAAACAUAAUGUCUUGAACCCCUCAGACUUUUGACGUAAAUCGAGAUAAUAGCUAAAACACAUCUCAUUUUCUCAUACAACUAGGUUUUUUAUUGGGUUUAUUUUGGCCGUGAACAUGCUUGAUUAAUUAUGAGUGUACUUAGAGAAUAUAGCAUUUUAUUCAUUCUCCAAAACGGUUUCAUUUCACACUCACAAGAUAAUUUGCCAUUAGCUUUUAUUUUAAGAAGUAUCAUGUAAUACUCCAUAGUGCUACCUGAUGAGCGGCCAAUCAUAACCUCGAAUAGCUUCAUAUACACCUGCAUCGUCGCAGGUCUACAACUUCUGACUAAUCCUCCAAGCUGCAACAACUUUAGGCUUGCUCUCCUUCCCACUUGUAGGUAUCGUUUUCUAGAGGAAACGUGCACUAUCACUGUAGUAUUUUCAUUCCUGAUUUAGCUAAGAAAGACACAUUAAAAAAAAAAACAGUCAUGUUACAAACCGAAAACCGAAAACCAAAAAACAAAACCAAAACCAAAACCAAACUGAAUUCCAAAUUGAACACCUUCCUCAAAACGAUAAAAAGGCUUGUAAAAAGGCCUUUUUUUUUGUUGAAUAAUAAUUUUACAUUCUGAAAAGAAAAAGAAAAAAAAAUAAUAAUAUAAUUUUUCAAUAUAUUUAUUUAGAGUCAGAAGGAAGCAAACGUGAAGUAUACCGCAAAAACCCUAAAGAGCAGUCAAAGCCAGCGGCACCUUCUUCCUUUAGGAGAUCAAUGAUACAUAUGUCGGACCUUCCUGAGGAUUUGAUAGAGGAGAUACUCUCUCGCGUCCCAGCGGCAUCUCUGAAACGGUUUCGAACUACUUGCAAACGAUGGAACGCUUUAUUGAAAGACCAGGGAUUCACGGAGAAACACUUUCGUAAAGCUCCAAAGCAGUCUCAGGUUCUCUUCGGGUUUUUAGGUAGAUUGAAGAUUUGUUCGUUGAGAGUCAAUGGAUGCCCAUCUAUAGAGGUCAUAGAUGAGAUCAGACUAACCGACCCUGUUUAUAUUUAUAAACAAUUCGUAAUUUCUGAAGUCUUCCACUGCGACGGCUUAUUAUUAUGCACUAACCAAAAAAAGACUGGACUAGUGGUUUGUAACCCUUGUACACGUCAAGCCAGGUGGAUCAAACCCGGUAAUCGUCACAAGAUGACCGACACCUAUACUCUUGGAUCCUACCAAGACAUCAAAUCCAACAAUAUUAGCUACAAAAUAUUGAGAUGCGAUGAAUAUGAGGACAAGGCAAGAUUCGAAAUCUAUGAGUUUGGAUGUAAUUCAUGGAGGAUUCUAGACGUCACUAAUGACUACAACUUAACUAGGUUUUCGGACGCCGUGUCAUGGAGGGGAAAGACGUAUUGGGUUACUUGGGAUAAAAAAGAGAGAACCAUGGUGUUAGUCAGUUUUGAUUAUACACAAGAGAGAUUUGGAGUACGUAUGCGUCUUCCCUAUUAUAGAUCUGGUAUUUCGACUAUUUCUCUAUCAGUUGUUGGAGAAGAGAAACUUUCGGUGCUAUUACUACCCUCAGAUACGUUGAGUAGAGAGAUAUGGGUAACAAAUAAGAUUGAUGAGUGGAACAAGGUCUUCACAAUGGAUAAAUGGAAACGUGAUUGGUUGGUAAAUAUCGUAAGUUUUUUGUUCGACGAUGAGAAGAAAGUCUUCUUGUGUUGUGAGAGUUUAUAUAUUCCAGACCUGUGCGUUGUUGGGGAGGAGGAUGAGAAAUUGAAAGAAUCAGGGAGGGUAUACGUUGUUGGGGAGGAUAAGGAAGUAAAACAAGUGAAUGGAGAAGCCAUAGAUGUUUUUUAUGAUUAUGUUCCAAGUUUAGUUCAAAUUCUGAAGUUGAGUCAAAAGAGAAAGAGGGGUGACUAAAUAAGCUACAUGCAGACAUUUUCAUUGUUUUUUAUGCGUUUUUUAAUUUGACUUGACCAUGUCCUUUGAUCAGUCGUUUUUAAAAAUUUUAUGUCAUUCAGAUGCCUUUAACAGUAAAUAUGAGAAUAUGUGAUGUAUAAAUUAUUAGACAAACCAUUCAACAGAACAAAUCUGUAUUAGUAAUUUAUUACACCAACUUCUUCUUGAGAAGUCAUUAACUCAAAACAACAUAAACAGUCGAUCUCCUUAGACUUAAAACUUCAACAACUCUUGAGUUAACUUUGGAGAAAGGUCCUUCAAUGACAUUAUAUUGGUAGCCGUUACUAGUCAGUAACUUCUCAAGGAUAACACAAAUCCCUAAUUUCUCUACUCCGAGAUAUUUACAUUCUUGUUAUCCAGUAAAUAAUGUUUCUCUGUUCUCCUGUUGAAUCUCCGUUUGAUUUUAUAAUUUAAGAAAAAAUAUGUAAUUAUUAGUAACUCCUCGGAUUUGGUGAAUUGUCGUCGUUAGUUACGGUUUCGUCCAUAUAUUUUUAUUCAGAAAUAAUGGUAGAAUCUAAGCAUUUGAUUCGAUCUUGGUCUGAUAUUAGCGCCCAAGUUACUCCUCCUACUUGUGCAAUUGACUCUCAAGAGUAUGUUCUUCUUCUUAUAUAAUCUUCUUUCUUCCAGUGUGUAUUUAUGAACAACUGUAUAUAUAUAUGUGAUAAAUUAACAAGGUUGUGUUCGAUUAUUGAUGUUUCAUGUCUGGUCAAAGAUGCAGAAGAAUAAGUGGUCCUACCAGAAGAUCAAAUAAAGGAGGAUGGACCCCAGAGCAGGUAGCUCAAUUUUUUCAUGUGGAAUAUUCUUUGUGUGAUUGGUGAAAAUCUUUCUUUCCAUCAUCUUAUUUGUUAUUUUUGUCAAGGACAAACUCUUGAUGAAUGGUGUGUGGAGGUACAAAGGAAAGAAUUGGAAAAAGAUAGGUAAUUGAUAUUUUGAUUUUGGUUUUGUCAUCUCAAAAACUCUUGUACACCUAUGA